ACAUUCGACCGCAGGUUUUCAAUCCAUACUUACGGUCUAAAUGUGCACAUUAACAUAAAACUGAUAUGAGUCGAGUGAGUCCGGGUCGUCUUUUGCUCUUUGAUGGUUUAGUUCACUAGUAUUGGUAUAGCAGUGUUGGUGAACAGUUAUUUGGUGAUAUUGUCGCAGGAAGCAUCAGUGCGCGAGCAUUUUCUAAUAAACACACGCUGCACGCGAUAAACUAUUCAACUUAACACGGUUAUAACCUUAGUAUGACUCCAAAUUUGAUUUAUUGUGUCGUAAUGUGUAUACUAAGUAACCGCCGUUGUUCAUAACAUUUUUCGAAUUAACCUGUGCUAAUAUUAUCAAUAAAAAAUAGUUGAGCUUCUUUUCAAGUGGAUAUUCUAGGAAUAUAGAUUUCAUAUCAAGGUAUGAUCAUAUCGAAGAAAACGUGGAAGGUUCAAUCAUUAUCAACAUCAUCAGCAAUACCAAUGCACGCAUAUCAAAAAUGUCCAUAUCAAUGUUGUAAUCCACAGAACGUUAUCUGAUUAUAGCUUUAUUUUAUCAAAAAAUGUUUAUAGUCAAAUAUAGAUAAAACUCACUUCGAGAAGUAUCAUCUAGUCAGCAUUUAUAUCGUGUAGUUUAGUUAAUCAUCUUAAAAAAUGGGAGUAUUGUGGAGAAAGAGGUCGUUAUUAUUAAAAUUAGCAGUGAUAGUGACUACGGCGUGGUUUACAAUAGCGUUUUUAUUAUAUACGGACAACUCUUCGCCGCGAUCAUCUGAGGAGAUAGCGUUACCUUUAGAAAGUGGCGAUUUAUUAAUGAACAAUGAAAUUGUGCCUGAAAGAGUGGUGCCGUUCAAAGAAUCAACGAGUAGGACUUCAGUGAAAAAAGAAAAUAAAAAUAUUAAUGUGGACUAUGGUGGUGUACUUGUGCCGCCGAAUAACGUGGCAGGCGAAAUGGGGAAACCUGUUAUUUUGCCGAGAAAUUUAUCAGCUGAUGUAAAAAAGUUAGUCGACGAAGGAUGGUUGAAGAACGCCUUUAAUCAGUACGCUAGUGAUCUUAUUAGCGUGCAUAGGAGCUUGCCUGAUCCAAGGGACGAAUGGUGUAAAGCUGAAGGUCGUUUUUUGGAAGAAAGUAAACUGCCGUCAACGUCUGUAAUUAUAUGUUUUCAUAACGAAGCGUGGUCUGUACUACUUAGAACCGUUCAUUCGGUAUUGGAUAGAUCUCCAGAAAGCCUUAUCCAUGAGAUUAUCCUGGUAGAUGAUUUUUCAGACAUGCAGCAUACCAAACAACAACUAGAAGACUAUUGGGAACACGAACCGAAAGUUAAAAUCGUUAGAGCUUCGAAGAGAGAAGGACUUAUCAGAGCCAGAUUGCUAGGAGCUGCGCAUGCUACUGGAAAAGUUCUCACCUAUCUCGAUUCUCACUGCGAAUGUACAGUCGGUUGGUUAGAACCGCUCUUAGAUAGGAUAGCAAGAGAUCCGACGACAGUUGUAUGUCCAGUUAUUGACGUGAUCGACGACAAUACUUUAGAAUAUCAUUACCACGACAGCAGCGGCGUAAACGUGGGCGGUUUCGAUUGGAAUCUUCAAUUUAAUUGGCACGCAGUACCAGAACACGAAAAGAAGAGGCACAAAAAUACCGCCGAACCAUUAUGGAGUCCAACUAUGGCUGGUGGAUUGUUUAGUAUUGAUAGGGAAUUUUUUGAAAGAUUAGGUACUUACGAUGAUGGAUUUGAUAUAUGGGGUGGUGAAAAUUUGGAACUCUCUUUUAAAACAUGGAUGUGUGGUGGUACUCUCGAAAUAAUUCCUUGUUCACAUGUGGGACAUAUUUUCAGAAAACGAUCUCCGUACAAAUGGAGAACAGGUGUGAACGUACUUCGUAGGAACUCAGUUCGACUUGCAGAAGUUUGGUUAGACGAAUUUGCCAAAUAUUAUUACGAUAGAAUAGGAGACGAAAAAGGUGACUACGGAGAUAUCAGUAAAAGGAAAGAAUUAAGGAAAAAUUUAGGAUGCAAAAGUUUCAAAUGGUAUUUGGAUAAUGUUUAUCCUGAGUUGUUCAUUCCAGGGGAAGCUGUAGCUAGAGGAGAGAUAAGAAACUUGGGCGUAGGCGGAAAAACAUGUUUAGACUCUCCUGCUAGACGGUCAGACUUGCACAAACCUGCUGGUUUAUACCCUUGCCAUCGACAAGGAGGAAAUCAGUUCUGGAUGUACAGUAAAGCAGGAGAAAUAAGAAGAGAUGAAUCCUGUCUAGAUUAUAGUGGACAGGACGUAAUUCUUUAUCCGUGCCAUGGUAAUAAAGGUAAUCAAUAUUGGGAUUAUGAUGAAGAACUGAAACUACUUCGACAUGGAAGCAGUGACAAAUGUUUAGCCAUAAACGAAGCUAAAAAUAAACUUACUAUGGAGAGGUGCGAUUCCAAUGUUGAAAGACAGCAAUGGUCUUUGGAAAAUUAUGACAGAACAAAAUUGUGAUUAUUUGUUUUACAUUAUUAAAUGAUUUGUUGUAAA